UUCUCUUCUCUUCUCUUCUCUUCUCUUCUCUUCUCUUCUCUUCUCUUCUCUUCUCUUCUCUUCUCUUCUCUUCUCUUCUCUUCUCUUCUCUUCUCUUUGGGACUUCUAAAUGGAAGGACUAUACCAUGAUAUUUCCAGGAUUGCCUACUACACAGAAUAUGACAGACACCUAGCAGCAGCAGUGUCAGCAGGGAAAACCAUGGCGACGGCCUACCUGGACCCCAACCUGAACCAUGCCCUCCUGGGAGGCGCCAAGUCACGACUGAGUGCGGGGGGGUCAGAUAGAACCAUGGCCGGUUCCGUGGACAGGGUUCUCAAAGUCUUCCAUCACUUUGAGACCAACACUGAAAACAGCUGCUGGUCCUCCAAUAUCAGAUACGGAGAUGCAACCGAUGUCAGGGGAAUCAUCCAGAAGAUUUUGGACAUCCAUAAAGUGCGCUGGACGUCUUGUUUUGGCCUUCGUCUCAGCAACAGCCAAUCCAGAGAUCAGGUGCAUUGGCUCCACCCUGAUAUGGGCGUGUCUCACGUCAGAGAGAAAUAUGACCAGGCACGGCCAAAUGAGGAGUGGAGGUAUGAGUUAAGGAUCCGCUAUCUUCCAAAGGGCUUUGUGCAGCAGUUUACAGAAGACAAACCAACACUCAACUACUUCUACCACCAGGUGAAGAACGACUACAUGAUGGAGAUGGGGGAACAGGUGGAACAAGAUGUAGCUCUCAAACUGGGCUGUCUAGAAAUCAGGAGGUUCUUCAAAGAGAUGAGAGGAAACGCCCUGGACAAGAAAUCCAACUAUGAACUAUUAGAGAAAGACGUUGGUUUGAGGCGCUUUUUCCCAAAAGACCUGUUGGAUUCAGUCAAGGCUAAAACGCUUCGUAAGUUGAUUCAGCAGACGUUUAAGCAGGUAGCCAAUCUCAACGAUGAGCAGUGCAUCCUGAAGUUCUUGGAAGUACUCGCACCAAUCUACCGAUAUGACAAGGAGUGCUUUAAAUGUGCUCUUGGGUCCAGCUGGGUGAUCCAGGUGGAGUUAGCUAUCGGGCCAGAGGAGGGGAUCAGCUACCUCACUGACAAGGGAUCCACGCCAACCCAUCUAGCUAACUUCAACCAAGUUCAGUCCAUCCAGUACUCUGCUAUGGAGGAGAAGGACAGGAAAGGGAUGCUGCAGCUCAACGUAGCCGGAGCUCCUGAGCCUCUCACAGUUACGACAGCAUCACUGACCAUGGCUGAGAACUUGGCUGAUUUGAUUGACGGUUACUGUCGGCUCAUCUCCAUGGAAACUCACUCGUUCAUCGUCAGAUUUCAGAAAGAGGGAGAGAGAGCACUGCCUUCUAUCCCAAAAUUGUCCAAUAAUGAGAAAAAGUUGGAAGCAGUGCGGAGUGGAGUAAGAGCUAUCUCUGUCUCAGAAGAUCUUAGUGGGGAUGAGACGGAUGACUAUGCUGAAAUAGUGGAUGAAGAGGACACAUACACCAUGCCCUCAAUCAGCUAUGGAGUAGUUGAAGCGCGGGAUUAUGAGAUCCAGAGGGACAGGAUAGAGCUGGGCCGCUGUAUAGGAGAGGGUCAGUUUGGAGAUGUACACCAAGGAGUCUAUAACAGCCCGGAUAAACCAUCUCUACCAGUCGCCAUUAAGACCUGCAAGAACUGCACGUCAGACAGCGUCAGAGAAAAGUUUCUACAAGAAGCACUGACAAUGCGUCAGUUUGACCACCCUCACAUUGUCAAGCUGAUUGGAGUGAUCACAGAAAACCCUGUGUGGAUCAUCAUGGAGCUGUGUACUCUUGGAGAGUUACGUUCGUUCCUUCAGGUGAGGAAGUACAAUCUGGAUUUAGCCACUCUCAUUCUGUUCGCCUACCAGCUCAGCACAGCGCUCGCAUAUCUGGAGAGUAAACGCUUUGUACACAGGGACAUAGCAGCACGAAAUGUGUUGGUCUCUUCAGUCGACUGUGUGAUGCUCGGAGACUUCGGUCUGUCACGAUACAUGGAGGACAGCUCUUACUACAAAGCUUCUAAAGGUAAACUUCCUAUCAAAUGGAUGGCCCCUGAAUCUAUCAACUUCAGAAGGUUCACCUCUGCCAGUGAUGUCUGGAUGUUUGGAGUGUGUAUGUGGGAGAUCUUGAUGUACGGCAUCAAGCCUUUUCAGGGUGUGAAGAACAACGAUGUGAUUGGUAGGAUAGAGAAUGGCGAGCGAUUGGCGAUGCCUCCUCAGUGCCCACCCACCCUCUACAGCUUGAUGACCAAAUGUUGGUCAUACGACCCCAGCAAGCGACCGCGAUUCACUGAACUCAAAACACAACUCAGCACCAUACUGGAGGAAGAGAAGCUUCAACAAGAGGAGAGGCUUCGAAUGGAGAUGAGGAGACAAGUCACCGUGUCCUGGGACUCUGGAGGGUCUGAUGAAGCACCGCCUAAACCCAGUAGACCAGGUUACCCCAGUCCUCGUUCCAGUGAAGGCUUCUUCUCCAGCCCUCAACUCAACCACUUCUCGCCGUCAGCACAUGGUGGUGUAGGAGGAGUCGGAGGCAGCUACCCUCCUACUGAUUCCUGGAAUCAACACAGACCUGAACACACCGCACUGUGGAGCCCUAGCAUGGAGGACGGUGGAUGUGUGGGCCAAGCGAUGAUGGAGGAGAGGCUGAUGAUGCAGCAACAACAGAUGGAGGACGACCAGCGGUGGCUGGAGCAGGAGGAGAGCUUCAUGGUUAUGAAGGCAGAGUCCAGAAACAGCAGAGGAAGCAUCGACAGAGAGGAGGGCACACUACAAGCACCGGGUGGAAGCCAACAUAUCUACCAGCCUGUAGGGAAACCAGAACAUGUUGCUCCUCCAAAGAAACCACCCCGCCCUGGAGCUCCUGGCCACCUCGGCAACCUGGCCAGCCUCUGCCCUGUCGACAGCUACAACGAGGGGGUCAAGUUGCAGCCUCAGGAGAUCAGCCCGCCCCCCACCGCCAACCUGGAUCGUUCCAACGACAAAGUGUACGAGAAUGUCACAGGAUUGGUCAAAGCUGUGAUCGAGAUGUCCAACAGGAUUCAACCUGCAGCCCCAGAGGAGUACGUCCCAAUGGUCAAGGAGGUGGGUCUGGCGCUGAGGACUCUGCUAGCUACAGUAGACGAGACACUUCCAUCGCUGCCGGCCAGCACACACAGAGAGAUUGAGAUGGCCCAGAAGUUGUUGAAUUCAGACCUAGCUGAGUUAAUAGCGAAGAUGAAACUGGCCCAACAGUAUGUCAUGACAAGUUUACAAAAGGACUACAAGAAACAGAUGCUAAUGGCAGCUCACGCCCUCGCGGUCGACGCCAAGAACCUGCUGGAUGUCAUCGACCAAUCACGACUCAAGAUGAUCCGCCCGCAUUAGCUUCUGUCGGCGUGGAGAAGGAAAGUGCAGUAGCCAAUCACAGAGAACAAUUAGAUGGAUAUUGGUGACGGACGGAUGAAAAAAAUGAACUGAUGGACAGCAAACAUGACUGAAACAAUCCGCUCCCUCUUCUCUUCCCUCAUCGUUUCCUUUUUCUCUCUGGCGACGGUCAUGUUUUGGUCAAUAUCGUGUUGUUUUGUACUUUUUGUUGCAUUAUUUUGCUUUUUGUAUCCAGAGAAAACGCUCCUCUCACCCAUCACGUAUCCUCAAAGAUGAGUUUUAGAAAACAAGAAUCAUCCAUUGCUACUUUUUAAAUCUUUGAAGAAAGGUUUCGGAGGCUCGCUUGAAGGACUGCAGAGAUAUUUUGGUGAACGGACGCGCCAUAAUGUGCUACACAAACACAACUAAAUACUCUCCACAUGCAGGACGUAACAACUGGAACUGAAGAGCCAGGAUGAGGAGGAUAAUGAAGAUGAUAUGAUAAUGUUGUUGUUUAAACAUGCUUUUAUAUCAUUAUUAAUUAUUAUUAUUAUUACUAUUAUCAGCCUUGACUCUUACAGUAUGUCUCUAUGUUCAGUCUUCCUCUUGAGAAUUCAGCAGGCAAAAAUAAUUGAUUUACAGCUGCUCAUAAAUGCCAUAAUUUCAUCUCUUUGUAUUUUUCACCUUCUUCUCUCUAGGUCUCUUUAUCUCAGGCAUCAAGAGUUGGCAUAACAAUGAAAUAUGAAAGCUGUAUUUUGAAGAACAAACUAAAUGUCACAGGCCACUUUUUAAGUUAACUUGCAUAGUAAAGUAUACAAAGAAGCUAUAUUUUUAACACGUUUCUGAGGCAUGAAAUGUUAGUGAAUAGGAGUAGGGAUGAACGGGGGGGGAGUGAAGGGACAGAGGGGUGGGAGGUGGAGGGAGAUUGGUUAUUAAGUUUCAAUGGAGGUUCUAAUUAAACUGUACAGUAGGUCACUCUGUGCCAAAUGUGCUGCAAUUGACUAAAAAGGAACAUUUCACUCAAAUGAUAUUGGUUUAUCCACUAAUUGAACAUGUUUGCAGCAACUCACCUGUUAUUUUUCACAACUUUCUGCAAGAAAAAAAAAUGUAAAAUCCAUUCAUCUUUACUGCUUGUUUUGUAUAUUGAAGGUAAUUUGUGUUGUUGCAUCAGUCAUAUUGUGGGUUCCUUCAAUCAUGUUUGUCUUCUCACAAGUGCAAGCUCUCACUUCUCAAAUUUACUUCAGUUUAGUCGAUGCAGGACUUGGAUUUUCAGGGACUUUUUUAGGGUCUGAAUUACAAAUGCAGUUUUCAUUACUUAAGUCCUUGCUUCACCAGGGACAGAUACCUUACAACAGUGUGGGUUGGUGGCCAAAUGGGUGCACAGGUCUUGCUCAUGGAGUUUAUCUUUUGAAUUCUCUUUCUCCCUUUAAUCAGUCCUUCUGAUUUUCCUCCCUGUCUUUCUACCUCCUUCCAACAGAGUUAUUUAUACCUUUUAUUCCCUCUCUUCUCCUGCUGCAUCACCCUCCCCACCAUUUCUACUUCUCCUCCCUCUGUUACCUCCCCUCCCUUCAGCCUCAUCUUCCUCUCUGAUUCUCUCUCCAUUCCACUGUUCCCUCUCCCCUGAGGUGAGCAGUAUUCUCAGGAAGGAGUCACAUGUACAGUUGCUAAACCAAGCAAAUAAAAACACUGUUAUCAUUAAGAAA